AUGACCACAACACACGCUACGGUGUCUCCAGAGGCGAAGAAGCCUAACGCGAUUCGCAUCAAUGGAUUCGUGAUCUCAACACAGAAGCUACCCAUUCUCAAAGCAGACCCGAUUGAGGAAAUGACCCAAAAGUUGGGAAUCGCACCUCCAGAGAUGAUCUUUGGUGACAACUAUGUUGCAAUCGAGUCAGAGAAGGGUGACUGGGGCAUUAACUUCAAUGCAUUUGAUGCCUUGGACCUGGUGGACAAGACUGGUCAAUCUAUGCUUCAGGUCGCAUACUCAAGAGAAUGGCAAAAGAGCAGAGAGAAAACACAUGAAGGCAUUAAAGAAAUCGUGAAGCCAUUCGACUGGUCCUACAGUACAGACUACAAGGGCACUCUUCAUCCCAACGCGCGCCCAUUCGAGGAAACAACGAAAUCCAUCCCGAUCGAACUAUUGAAACGUCCAGACCCCAUCAUCUUUUUCGAUGAGGUUGUGCUUUACGAGGACGAACUGGCCGAUAAUGGAAUUACGAUGUUGUCUUGCAAAAUCCGAGUGAUGCCAGGAAGACUUCUUCUACUGUCAAGGCUCUUUAUGAGACUUGAUAACGUCUUGGUCCGACUUCGAGACACCCGAGUCUACGUAGACUUCGAAACCCGCGAGGCGAUUCGGGAAUAUUUGUCUAAGGAGUGUGAUUAUGGGAAAGUUCGCGAGAUGCUCGCGGCCACCAGGGACGAUAUCCCGGCAUUCUUGAGAGAUGCCAACCGACUUUCAGAGAUUCUCCCUGUCGUAGAACAUCGCACCGAGCGAGUGGAUCUCAGUGAUUGA